CCUACAAAAGGCCACCAUCAUUCAUUUCCUCCUCACUUAUUCACCUACUCUUAAGUUCUCUAUAUAUUUCUCUCUACUUCUUUGGCUUGCUAUUCAAAAAUCUUGAUCAUUUCAUAUAAGUUCACUUAUUCAUAUUUUAAAAGAAAAAAAAAAAAUGAGAGAAAUUCUGCACAUACAAGCUGGGCAAUGUGGCAACCAAAUUGGUGGCAAAUUCUGGGAGGUUAUGUGUGAUGAACAUGGCAUUGAUGCCACAGGAAGAUAUGUUGGUGAUUCCCACCUUCAAAUUGAAAGAGUGAAUGUUUACUACAACGAAGCAAGUGGUGGUCGCUAUGUACCUAGAGCUGUGUUAAUGGACCUUGAGCCAGGGACCAUGGAUAGCUUGCGUACUGGUCCAUAUGGGAGAUUAUUUAGGCCUGAUAAUUUUGUUUUCGGCCAAAAUGGGGCUGGUAAUAAUUGGGCUAAAGGGCAUUAUACUGAGGGAGCUGAAUUGAUCGAUUCUGUUCUUGAUGUUGUUCGUAAAGAGGCUGAGAAUUGUGAUUGCUUACAAGGUUUCCAGAUUUGCCAUUCACUGGGUGGUGGGACCGGGUCUGGGAUGGGGACACUACUGAUAUCAAAGAUCAGGGAAGAAUACCCUGAUAGGAUGAUGUUAACUUUUUCAGUGUUCCCUUCCCCUAAGGUUUCUGACACUGUGGUUGAGCCUUACAAUGCCACCCUCUCUGUGCACCAGCUAGUUGAAAAUGCUGAUGAGUGCAUGGUACUUGACAAUGAAGCGCUUUAUGAUAUUUGUUUCCGAACCCUCAAGCUCACAAAUCCAAGCUUUGGUGAUCUCAACCAUUUGAUUUCAACAACCAUGAGUGGAGUAACAUGUUGCCUCCGCUUCCCUGGCCAACUCAACUCUGAUCUACGCAAACUGGCCGUGAAUUUGAUCCCCUUCCCACGUCUCCACUUCUUUAUGGUUGGUUUUGCACCCUUAACCGCCCGUGGCUCCCAACAAUACCGUGCACUAACCAUCCCUGAGCUUACUCAACAAAUGUGGGAUGCCAAAAACAUGAUGUGUGCCGCUGAUCCACGCCAUGGAAGGUACCUAACUGCCUCAGCUAUGUUCCGUGGCAAAAUGAGCACUAAGGAAGUUGAUGAACAAAUGAUAAAUGUACAAAACAAGAACUCCUCCUACUUUGUUGAGUGGAUUCCUAAUAAUGUUAAAUCAAGUGUUUGUGACAUUCCACCAACUGGGUUAUCAAUGUCUUCCACAUUCAUGGGGAAUUCCACAUCCAUUCAAGAAAUGUUUAGGCGUGUUUCUGAGCAAUUCACGGUCAUGUUUAGAAGAAAGGCAUUUUUGCAUUGGUACACUGGGGAAGGAAUGGAUGAGAUGGAAUUCACAGAGGCUGAAAGUAAUAUGAAUGAUUUGGUGUCGGAAUAUCAGCAAUACCAAGAUGCAGCUGCUGCGGAGGAGGAGGGUGAAGAGGAGUAUGAUGAAGAGGGAGUGGAGAAUUAAGGGGCAUGUGUUUUUUUUGUUCUUUUGGGUAUUCUCAUGAGUAAUGACCUGCACAGGAAUGUGUUUUGUUUGAGCAUGUUUGCGUUUAUGACUAUUUGGUUGUGAAUAAGGGCUCAUGCUUGGUGAGAUGAGCUUCUGUUUAUUCAUGCUGUGAAUUUGUGAGUAUCAUAAGUUAUGUAAUUGUGAAGAGACAAAUGGGGAAAAAAUAAUUAUGUAACUGGGAGUACGAGUUUAGUAUAUAUAUCAAAAUUUUCAAUGACUUGUUA